CGAUCACCACGAUCACCGCUUCAGCUCGGUCGCUACAGGCUGAUAACUAACUGUACUACUGGCAUGUCAAACGUACACAUCAGAGAACAUGAAACCAGUGCGCUUCCUCGGGCGAAGCCCUCUCCCAAGUCUUCCAGGAUAUCAGUUCCCUUCUUCUACUGCCCUAGCGACGACGGUACCGACGAGAACUUACUCAUUCUCCUUCAUGGCCUGGGGGAUACCCACAAGCCCUUUUCAAAUCUCGGUCGUCAGCUAAAACUACCGCAGACCGCUAUCCUCGCCCUCAGAGCGCCGGACCAGAUCCCGUACCUGUACGAGGAAGCCUUUCAAUGGUACGAUUCCUUCGACCCGCUCGGCGAGCUCAUUCGCUAUCCCAACCCUACCCCCGCACUGGAUCUGAUGAAACAGGUCCUGCGGCAUUUGGUAGAGGACUGUGCCUGGCGAGAAGACAGGUUGCAUCUUUUUGGAUUCGCCCAGGGCGGAAGCGUCGCGGCGGAAUUUGGGUUGAGGUGGUGGAAGGAACAGAAAAGAAAAUUCGGCUCGAUAGUGUCUGUAGGUGGUCCACUUCUCUCGUAUCCUACGAUAGAAGAACUGUCUCCGACACCUAUACUUGUCGUCCACCGCGCCUCACCAGCCGAGCCAUCUUUACCUCGUGAUGCCAUGGUUGCACUCAGGAGAGCGUAUCAAUCUGUCGGUGAUGAGAAACUAGAUGGGAGGAGAUCUGGGAUGCCGUCAUCGAAGGACGAGUGGGAGCCCAUUAUGCGUUUUUGGAGUGAAAAGCUGAGCAAAAGGCAAAUAGACGGGCUGUACGAGGUAACGAGCGGAAUAGCGCCGCCAUCGUGAAAUGCACAUGGGAAAUCAGAAUGCACAGUCGCGAUUUCGGUCGUCCCAAGGACCUCGGUAUUGGUUAUCUGCACUAUUGACCAUCUUUUCAUCAGAUGAUCGCUAUUUUUUCUCAUUUAACAUUCCAUAUAAUGUAUGUAUAUGUGGAUACAUUUCUGAUUUUUCUCUAAAGCCGUUUAGCAUUGAAAUGACGGAGAAUGAAUGCUCUUCAACUGAGGUGAGGACACUGGUCGGCUAACAUUUUGAUUGCCGGGGGUCCAAGCGUUGUGUUACUAACUUGGCAGCAGCC